AUGAGGGUUUCAGCCCACCAAAACAAUUGCAAUCUGUCUUCAUCUUUAAUCUAUUCCUUUGUUAUCUCAAAAACUGACUUUGAGAUUGAUUUCUCGAGAUGGGGUUUUGUUUUUAUGUUGUGUUUGGUCGUAUUCGAUGCGAUUGAAGACAAUCACAUGACAUCAAAUCAAUUCGAAUUGGGGUUUACACCUUUUCCUUCUUUCAAGUUCUUGAAUUCGGAUUCAGCUUUAGGGUUCUUGAAUUUCACAAAGAUGCAAAGAGUUCGCGUUUCAUCACAGCAAGUCCCAGUACAGAAAUUAGGCGAUUCCCAGAUGACAUUAUCUCCUAAAUUCAAAUUAGCAUCAAUUCAAUCUCGUUUACUCGAUCCUUUGUUGGAAUCAGAACUGAAUCUUCAAGGUGAUCCCUUAAUCCCUGGUCUUCCUGAUGAUAUUGCUUUAACUUGUCUACUCCGGCUACCAGUCACCACCCAUCCAGCCACCAGAGCAGUUUCCAGACGGUGGUAUCAAUUAUUCUGCAACAAAGAACGAUUCUUUACUAAAAGAAACGAAAUGGGUUUUCAAGAUCCAUGGUUAUUUGUCUUCUCAUUUCAUAAAUGUACAGGAAAGAUUCAAUGGCAUGUUCUUGAUCUUACCCAUUUUUCAUGGCACACAAUUCCACCAAUGCCUUGUGUUGAUAAAGUUUGUCCACAUGGCCUUCGAUGCGUUUCAUUUCCCUCAAACGGGUCUCUUUUCGUAUGUGGAGGCAUCAUUUUUGACGCCGAUUGCCCCCUAAAUGUAGUGAUGAAAUUCGACAUUAAGAAGAAUCAUUGGACUAUAAUGAAAAAAAUGAUCACCGCAAGGUCUUUUUUUGCAUCCGGGGUGAUAAACGAGAAGAUCUACGUGGCGGGGGGGAAUAGUACGGAUCUUUUCGAGCUCAAUUCGGGCGAAGUUAUGGACCCGAAAAACGGGAUUUGGCAUCCGAUUGCAAAUAUGCGUACAAAUAUGGCGGUUUAUGAUGCUGCGGUUCUUAAUGGGAAGCUUUUGGUGACCGAAGGGUGGUUUUGGCCUUUUUAUGUGGUCCCACGUGGACAAAUUUACGACCCGAAAACCGAUAAUUGGGAAAAUAUGGCGGAUGGGCUUCGAGAAGGGUGGACAGGGUCGAGUGUUGUGAUAUACGGGCAUUUGUUUGUGGUGACAGAGCACGAGAGGACUAAAUUAAAAGUUUAUGAUAUGAAUUCGGACACUUGGAAACCGGUUGAUGGGCCUCCAUUACCGGAUAAAAUAUGUAAGCCGUUUUCGGUAAAUUGUUAUGGUAGUUUUAUUUAUGUUGUGGGGAGGAAUCUUCAUGUUGCAGUGGGUCGGAUUUUGAAUGUGAGUGGAAAAGAGAAAAGUCCGGGGUUUUUGGUGGAAUGGGAAGUUGUUGAGGCACCCGAUGGGUUGGGGAAUUUGACGCCUUCGAGUGCGCAGAUUCUGUUUGGGUAA